UACCCAAAUCUUGCAUCUACAACACGUAUCGCAAAGUAAGCAAACAUGAAGAAGUAUUCAGUUCUCGGUAACAAGAAAAAAGUUACGAUGGAGACGAAUGUGUCUCGUCUCAAGGUGGUCGGGAAUAAUUGUAUCAUUCGCGUACAAUGCAAUCAGGGUGAUGUGGAAGUUAUCGGCAACGAUUGCAGAUUGGAAAUCAAAGAGAACUAUGGGACGGUUAACUUGGUGGGCAGUGGCGGCGUCAUAACAAUAGAGAGACGUUCAACAGGAGACAAUGUUACGAUAGUUGGGCCGAACUGUCAGCUCUUGGUCGACGGCAAGGAGAAGAGGCUCUCGAGCUAUGAACCCCAGUUAUCGCCCUUCAGCAAAGAUCUGGAUGACGUCAUCGAAUCAAUCUUCACUUUCGUCAUGCGCUGAAGUUAUCAUCACACUGCUAGGUUUUAAAGUGUCAUUUCUCCAGAAGAAAUUGUUUUGUGGUUUUGUAUUCGCUUUAAGUGGAUGUGAACAAGUGGACUGCAAGGUUGAUGAACCCAACUCCAGUUUUGUGUUUGAGACGUUAGUGUUUUUUUUUUUUUGCCGACUCAUAAAUUGUCUUUGAACAGAUUAGCUUAAACGUUUUUUUGUAAUCAGCAGGUGAACUGUUGCAAAGUUUUUCCCCUGGUUUUGUAUUGUAAGAUGAGCGUUAAUCAGCAUCCGGUGUUUAUAUUUUUAAGGAAAAUUUGAAUGCAGAAAUAAAGUGGCUUAAAUUU